UAAACUUUGUUGGGUGCUUCUUUUUUGUUUUUUUAGUCAUUUUUAAAGAAAAUGACAUUUGUGACUCAAAAUGUUUCUUUGUGGAUGUUGUUAUUGAUUAUGAUAUGACUGUGAAAAAGAUGAUGGCAAUGGCUUGGACUGCUUUUGAGUUUUGUCGCUUGUUGAAAGUUUUAGAGGUAUCAAGAUCUCAAUUUAAAGGGAAAAAAACAUCAUUAUUUAAAUGGGGAUAACAUUUUCAUGUCCAUUUGGUGAUUUUUAUGAUUUAGAUGCUGUUCUAAUGAAAUCAAUAGAUUUUGAUGGUGAAGAUGUGAAGACUACUCUACGGUCAGUAAGUUUCAACGGCCGUGAUUCAGAGCAUACUAUAAUGAGAUCAUUUGGUUCUGGAAAAAUGUUGUUUGAAGGAUCUGUAAGCUUUAAAGGAAGAGAAUUGAAUACCACCUUCUCUUUUAAGUCCUGUAGUGAUUCCGAAAUGGUCGAAAUCAGCCCGAAAUGCCAAGAUUAUAGUAAUAAGAUUGAUAAAUUGACUAGAUGUUUAAGCUUCAAAGGGAAAGAUUUGAAUACUAUACUCUCAUUUAAGUCUACUGAUUCAGAAAUGGUAGUAAUUAGCCCGAAAGUUGAGCGCUCGUUAUCGUUGGCCGAAUCGGGAGAUGAACUGCAUCAUCAGGCUGCUGUGAAGCUGCAAAAAGUAUACAAAAGUUUUAGAACCAGGAGGUUGCUGGCAGAUUGUGCAGUUGUUGUUGAGCAGAGAUGGUGGAAACUGUUGGAUUUCGCCGAACUCAAGCGAAGCUCUAUAUCUUUCUUUGAUAUUGAUAAACCAGAGACUGCUGUUUCGCGUUGGUCCAGAGCACGAACAAAAGCUGCCAAGGUAGGAAAAGGCUUAUCUAAGGAUGCAAAAGCUCGGAAGCUUGCUUUGCAGCAUUGGCUCGAAGCAAUUGACCCUCGACAUCGGUAUGGGCAUAAUCUUCAAUUCUAUUAUUGCAAGUGGCUCCACUGCCAGAGUACACAGCCUUUCUUUUACUGGCUCGAUAUUGGAGAAGGGAAAGAAGUCAACCUUGAUAUAUGUCCUAAAUCAAAGCUUCAACAACAAUGCAUAAAGUAUCUAGGACCUGCUGAAAGGAAGACCUAUAUAGUACUAUUCAAAGACGGGAAGUUUUACUACGAGCAAAGUGGCCAAGUUCUCGACACAACAGGUGGACCAAAAGACGCAAAGUGGAUUUUCGUUCUUAGUACAUCAAAGAUCUUAUAUGUGGGUCUGAAGAAGAAAGGAACAUUUCAACAUUCGAGUUUCUUGGCUGGUGGAGCCACACUCUCCGCGGGAAGACUAGUCGUGGAAAAUGGUAUUUUGAAGACAGUCUGGCCUCACAGUGGACAUUAUCUUCCAACAGAAGAGAACUUCCAAGAAUUCAUGUCAUUCCUAAGGGAACAAAAUGUAGACCUCACUAAUGUAAAGGAAAGCCCAACCGACGAGGAAGAAGAAACAAUUAGCAAAAGCAGCAGCAUCAGUAGUUUCCGAAUUGACCAACCAGAUGCAGAAUCAUGCCAACACACCGAAGAAAAAACGAGCAUUAAAAGCUUGCCGUGCGAAACAGAAAUUCGGGAACAAGAUUUUAAUCCUGCUGAAAAAACUGAUCACUUAAGACCAAAGUUAUUAUCUCAUAGUUUACAGUUGAACAUUACUAAACUUGAGAUACCGACAAGAGAUGUGCACGAAAUAUUCGUUGAGGAAGUACCCAAACAAAGCUCCAAUGUCAAACCCCAUAUUGAAGAUGGUUAUGAAUCUGGGGAAGAUUCAUGUUUGACAGAAGAAGAUUUCAUGUUUCUUAAGAUUAAUCUGUUUGAUGAAGAUGAAGAAGAGGAAGACGAAGAGCCUGUCCCGAAAGAAAAAAUUCUGAAAAGAAUAUAUUCACAUAAAGGAAUGAAGUCAUAUCAGCUGGCUAAGCAACUCUCAUCUAAAUGGACUACAGGAGCAGGACCUCGAAUUGGGUGCAUGAGAGAUUAUCCAUCGGAGCUUCAAUUCCGGGUUUUGGAGCAGGCGAACUUGUCGCCUAAGAAAGGAAGCGCUCACUCGACUCCUCGGUCAGCAACUCGAUCAAUCCUGAAGGAUUUGACACCACCUCCUGUACGUAGAAGUCCCCUUGCUCGAGCUGUGGAAUUGUUAGAAGCAGCAACGCCUAAGGCGUCAUCGAAUGCGAGAAAUUUUGUUAACUGAUUGAUUCAGUUGUAGAGAAGAUGAUAUAGGAAUUAAUUACAUUUCAUUCUUUUACUCAUUUUUGCAUUGUUACUUGUAAAUUAUACAGUGGAAGCAAGGGUUAAUUUUGUUGCCCUUGUGUAGUGUAGUUUGUGUUAUGAACCAGCAGCAGUAGAAGAGCUCUUCUUUGUAAUUUCUGUUGUUUGGUGCUACUCUAUGUUUACCAAAGUUUAAUUUUAAAGAAAGAAGCAUAUUAAUUAUGGAA